CUGCAAUGUCACUGCAUUUUUUGUUCUUCUCAAAUAAUGGCCGCUUGUUAAAAUAUCUUACUUUCUUUAUUGUUUGCCAAAGAUUCAGAAGUGGAAACUCCAUCUGUGACUAUUGUGUAUCUAUUUCGUUACAAAAAACACCCCGUGAACACUAUUAAGUAUUUUGAAGUGAAAUAGAUUCGUCGGAUUGUGAAAAAUUUUGAUCUGAAUUGCGCGAGGGAACAUUUUUUCACGUUUUUUUCAUCCAAAGAAAACGUAUCUCCCCCGGAAAAAUUGCGUAUAAACUGAUAGAAAAGAAGGAUUUUAUAGAAGUGUUGCAGGAAAAGAUCUACAGUUUUUGAAAAUCAUCAAGAAACCCUUCUUGUACUUCUCAUACCCCCCAAAAUAUCCAGAGCCUCUGCAUAAGGAGAAUUUCACAAGAGAGGAACUGCUGAGCACAUUGAGAAAUGAUGCAUCACAACAGCCACCCAUCGCAUCAUCCGCACAUGCAUCCUCAGAUGCAUCCCAGUCUCCAGCAACAACAUCCACCGCAGCAUUUGGGCCAGCAGAUGCCACCCCAUCACAUGCCACCCAAUAUGAAUCAUCAUUCAGCUGCCGGAUCGCACCAUGGCUUCCCACGCGACCAGAUGAAUAGACUGGGACACCAUCAGAGGAUUAAUCACCAUCAAAUCCAUCCCAAUCAUGUAAGAGUGCCAAAGCAGGGAUCACAGCACAAUUCUCUAAUAAUGGCACAACAGACGCAAAUGAAACAACAGCCACAGAAUACUCCAGCUGGGCAUAUGAGUGGUGGUGCUAGUGGGGCUCCUCAGAUAGCACAACAUCAUCCCCAGCCGAAGAAGCAGCAGCAGCAGAAACCACAAUUGCAAGUUCCACAGAAUCAAAAUUCUCAAUCAUCACAGAGACAUUUGCAGGCUAUUGAUACCAAGCCAAGUCCAUCAACAACUAAUACACCACAAAAUGGACCAAAUAUUCCAACAGUGUCUGCUGUUUCGGCGACUUCGGUAGCGACGUCGCUGGAGAGCAAACCCAAAAUUGAGAUAUCUGGUCCUGAAGAUACUUCAAAGGAGAAAUCACAACAGUCUGCAACAUGUGAAACCUUGGCAAACAUUAAAGAGAAAACUCCAAUGUGUCUUGUAAAUGAACUAGCACGACACAAUAAGAUACAACAUCAAUAUCGACUAACUGGGGAGCAGGGUCCAGCUCACAAGAAAAAAUUCACCGUGAUAUUGAAAUUGGGCGAAGAGGAGUACACAGCUGAGGGUCCGAGUAUAAAGAAGGCUCAGCAUUCGGCUGCAGCUCAGGCCAUCAGUACCACAAAAUACAAGCAUCCACCUACAAAGACAAAUCGUAUUCGCGGUGCGAGUAAGAUCAAUGAGAGUCAUGUGGGUAAUAUUACGCCAACAGUUGAGCUCAAUGCGCUGGCCAUGAAACGCGGUGAGCAGACGAUUUAUGUGACUGAGCAUCCUGCCAAGGGGCUCAAUGGUAUGCAACCGCCACCUUAUGGACAAUCCGGUGCCAAUGGCGUUGCGGGCAAUUUUGUACCAUCGCAUCACCUCAAUCCACAUGCAUCCAACUACAAUCAUCCACCAUCGUAUGGAAAUUACCAGAAUCGGAAUAUGCCCAACAUGUACCCGCAACAGAUGUCACGGUAUCAUGGGUACGACAAGAGGCCAAUGGGCAGGGGAGGCUUUCCACAGCGCAAUGCACCAGCAAUGCCACAAGGAGGGGGCGGCUUUUGCAGUGGGGGAAACAACUUUGAGCCAUAUCGAGUGACAUUGACAGUGGGCGAGAGGAAAUUUGUCGGCGUGGGAGCAACGCAACAGGCUGCAAGGCAUGAUGCUGCUGCCAGAGCUCUAGAAGUAUUGAAACCUAUUACAAGUGAUACGACAAAUCAAGAUCUAUCGCUUGUAGAGGAUAUCAAUUCUGAACUGAAAUCGCCCAUAUCGCUAGUGCAUGAAAUGGCAUUGAAAAGGAAUCUCGCUGUGGCAUUUGAGGUGAAAACUGAAAAAGGGCCACCACACAUGAAGAUCUUUAUCACAAUUUGCACCGUGGGAACAAUUAAGACUGAAGGAGAAGGAAAUGGAAAGAAGAUAUCGAAGAAACGAGCAGCAGAGGCAAUGUUGGAAGAAUUGAAAAAAUUGCCGCCAAUUUCACCAACUCAGCGAAUCAUUAAGCAGAAGAGGAAACCACAAGAUGUUGUGAAGAAAAAAUCGCGAAAUUUGAUAAAGGAGAAAGAUGAUCCAGAGUAUCAUGCUGAAGUGAAUCCGAUAUCGAAAUUGAUCCAGAUACAGCAAGCGAAGAAGGAGAAAGAGCCAAUUUAUACAUUGGCAGAAGAACGUGGUGUUCCACGGAGGCGGGAAUUUGUCAUUGAAGUGGCUGCCAGUGGAUAUUCAGCUGUUGGAGUGGGCUCCAAUAAGAAAGUGGCCAAGAGACUUGCAGCUGAGAAUUUGCUGGCACUCAUGGGUUUUGCUGCAAAUGGCAAGGAUAAGAUCAAUGGGGAGAGCACUGAAGGUAGUGCUACUGGAAAUUCAAAUCCGGAGAAGCCGAAGAAGGUUUCAUUUCAGGAUCAGAAUGACACCGCACCAGCCUCAACGGUGAAUCACGGUGGCAGUGCUGGAAGGCAACUUGUACCAGGACUUUUGUUGAUGCAACAAAAAGAUGCACCAACAAGUGCAAAAGGUGACAGGGGAAAGAAUCAUGUUCUCAAUCCACAGACAACGGCUGCCAUUGCCAAGGAAUUCCUCACUGGAGGAACAUCCCCAACUGCUGAUGCCCUCAACAAGAACGAUUCCCAGACGACUAAAACAAUCAACAAUAAUGUGAACAGUGAGAAAUCCGGAGAGGCCAAAUCACCAGCAGCCACUGAUGGAAUUCGACCCAAGGAUCAACUGCUCUACCUGGCAGAAUUAAUUGGAUUUACCGCUCAAUUUUCGGACUUUCCCAAGGGGAAUCACGGUGAAUUUUUGACACUGAUCACACUGUCUACGGAUCCGCCACAAUUGUGCCAUGGUUCUGGCAAUAGCAUAGAAGCAUCGCACGAUCAGGCAUCCACCGAGAUGAUGUUGAUGCUCAGUAAACUCGGCUUGGACAAUGUUCAUCCCGUCAAUACACAAUCCACAUCAACGCCAACGGUUGAUGAAAAGAAACCCAAACCAUUUAUCAGUUUGAAGAAGUAAUUCUCAAGUAAUGUCUAUUUUCUUUUCUCUGUUGUAAGUAUUUACAAAGUGUUUUUGCCAUCUUACAGUCACAAAUCAAUCUGUUCUUUCUUUUCUGUACAGAUCAAUUUUUUUUUGGAUUAUGUUCUUUUUUGUUAAAAAAAAAUAGUGUUGAACACUUUAUUUUUCAGUUGUGAAUUAUAUUCCGGAGCAAAAGACCCAAGUAAGAAUUUCUCGCUCUUUUUUUGUUCAAUUUUUGAUUUAAGAAUAAAAUGGAAUAUAUAUAUUUUUUUGAAAUAGACAGGAAUAUGCAAUAAAAUUAUCAAAAUAUUUAAUUAGUCCUAUGACAAGAUUUCUGUGCAACAAAUCAUUUUUUUUUCCUUGUUUUAACUAGUUGGGUAAUUUUUUUUAUUAACUUACUGAAGUGGAGUAAUCUGAAUUAUUUAAGAUCAUCAAUGACGGAAUCAUCGUAAAUAUUUUCCUAUGAAGAAAAUAGGCUGCAUUGAAUGGGAAAGUUUCAAUUUGAGAAUUAUUUCGAAAAAGUUUCUCCAGAAUUGAAACAAAAAGUAUUAAUUUUUCACUAACAAAAAAAAAACAAACUAUUUUCAGCACUUAAAUCUAAUUGAAAUUCUGUGGGAAACUAAAGAAAUAUCUCAAUUUGUUCGUAAGAGAUUCUUCUUGGAUAAACCUUCAAAGCAUUAUUUUCUGAGAAAAUAAAUCUCUUAUGGUCUAUAAUACCAUUGCAGUGUUAUUGAUUUAUGAGAUUAUUUUGUGGGAGUGAAACUUUUAAACGAUUUUUAACACGCGGCGAUUAAAAGUAGAAGAAAUCCCUCUAUUAAUUUAAUAGACAUAAUGUGUUAAUAGUGAAUAUAUUAAAAAAAAUACACAAUAAAUUUCAAAUAAAUAUAAUACGAAAGAUAAAUGGAAGAUUUCCCCAUAAAAUGAACUUUAAGAAAAUUUCACAAUCUUCUUUAUGGACAUUUCCUUUAUUAAUUAAUUACAGGAGAUUGUCAAUUAUUUCUUUAAUUUCAUUAUUUUCCACUUAUAAAGAGAGUUCAGAACGUGUGUUAUCAAAAAAAAAACUUGUUUUAAAGUAAUUCGUGCUCUUUUAUUUUGGAGAGAUCAAUAAAAAGUGGAAUGAUGUGAGAUUAUGGCGCAAAUUCUGUAAUAAAGGCUAAAGAAAAAUCUUCAGAAAGUUAGGUUAUGUUGAGGCUAACCUCAAAUAUCCUGGAUAUAUUUUAAAUAGUAAUAAUUCUAAAUUUUUCAACGGGAUAGCAAUUUUAUAACCAAUUUCGCUCUUAGAAAAGGAAAUAAAGCGGAUUGGAGAAGUUAGUAGGAUUUUCAAACACUACUUCAAAGUUUUAACCUAAAAAAUUCAACCAUUUGAUGAGGUUAUUUCGAGAAUUGUUCAAUAUUAAAGCAAAAACAAAGUAUACAUCUUCAACACGGUCUUAUUAUUUUUAAAAAUGCUGCAUAACAAUAAAUUAAAAAAAAAAGAUUUUAAAAAGACCUGAUUUUUUUUAUUAAAAGCCCAUUGAGACUUGAAAUUUAGGUACCUUAUUUUCUGCUUGCAGCUUAGAAAAUAGGUAAUGGAAAGUGCCAAGGUUCGUACGAUCAAAAGCUUUGCAAUGACUAAAUAAAAAAAAUGAAAAAAAAAUAGUAAUUAUAAAGCUUGGCGUGGUACAAAACAUGGGCACUUUCCCUUAUCUUCAGAAAAAAAUUAAACCUUUAUUUUGAAUCCCGUAUAAUACCUCGUCCAAAAAGAUUUUUAGGUUAGGAUUUUGGGGUUACAAUUUGACGCAUAGGUUAAUAUCAGAAUAAAAAUAUACCGAUAAACUUUAUACACUAACUUACUUAAUUACCGAUAUAAUUCCCGUCUAAAUUGGAAUUCUAAUUUCUCCUCUAAAUAUAUUAAAAAGAUUUUUAGGUUAGACCUAACAUAACCUCACUUCGUAAGGGAGAACAACUUUAGCCAAAAUCGAGAAUUAGCGACAAUGUAUAAAAAAAAAUAUUGGCCAAUAUUUAUUUGAACUGUUAAAUAGGCUUUAUUUAAUUGCUAAUGAGUUCCUUUCACAAAUCGAGUGAAAUAUAGAUGUGUAUAAAGGAAAUGUCAUAAGAUAAUUUAUUAAAAAAAAAGAAAAAAAAACAAUAAGAGAAAUAGGAAUCAUCAUAAAUGUUGAAGGAGAAUAUCUGUGUAAAAAAAUAUCUACAAGAAAAAAAUAUCUCACAAUUUUCUCUAUUUGAUUUUUUUGUCAAGUUACUAUAUUUUUAUCCUAAAUAUCCUUAAGUGUAGAUAAAUCUGUCCCGUAUCUCUGAAUUACUAAAAAAAAACUCUAAUUGAAAUUAAAAAUAAAUUACCGGGAUACGACAUUUUUUUUAGAUCUAUACAAUAGAUUUCAUUUCUUUCGAAAAAAUAUAGAAAUAUUUUUGAAAAUUUUCCCAAAAAUUCCUUUUGUAGAAACUACGACAAAAUAUUUCUUUUCCAAUAUUUGAAGUAAAAAAAAAUAAAUAAAGUUAUUGUUGAACAUACAAAAUAAAAGAAGAAAAAAGUAUAAUAAUUUGAUAUAAGAAAAUGAAAAAGAAAAUGUAAAAACAUUUGUUGAUUUCAUUUCGUUUACAAUAUGAAAUAUUUUCCUAACAUCAAGUUUAUGUGUCUAAGAGCGGGGUACAGACAGAUAAAUUAUUCUAAUAAUAAAAUACUUUCUUUUUCUUUCCAAUGAAAAGCAACACCUUGAAAAUUGAAAGUAUAGUAAUAAAAGUAUAUUAUUAAAAAAUAUAUCUUCUAAGGCGCUACGCACAGAGAUUUUUCGCAUAAAAAGAUAGGACGACAAAUCCUUUUUAUUCUGCUACAAAGGCAAUUGAAAUAGUAGAGAAGCCAAUACAAACAAAUUAAAUUUCAGAGGAUUUCUAUGCGAAAAAUCUCCGUGUGGAACCUAAUUAAUAAUGAUGUAAUACAAACACCUCUAUUCAUUUUUAAAAUCAUAUUUUGCGAUGCUUUACAAUUUUCCCUCUUGGGUAGAAAAUUGUGUAAAAAUUUGUUAAAUCUGACAUUUUUUAACCAUGAGUCUGCUGCUGUUCUUUUUUACACAAUCUUCUCUCCAUGAAAUUAAAUCAUAUACAUAUGUGUUUGUGUAUAUAUAAAGAAAAAAAAAACAAAUGAAAUCAAUAAAAGUAUGUUAGUAAUUGUAUUAACAAAA